GUGAAAGAUGAGCUGCAUAGGUGUACUGAGUUAGGAGCUAAAGAACUUGCUUCUCAAAUGGUAGGCAAAUGCAGUUGCAGCGCGCUGUUUAGCUGACUUGUAGAUUAUCUUGCUUCACAGGAUUCGAUUGAGUGUAACCCAUCCCGGUCGUGUCAUGAUCCUUGAGGUCGAGGAGAUAGUCCGGGGCAUCCGACCCCGCAAAGGAAGAUACACCCUACAUGUACAGCAGGCGUUGACAUUUCCAUACCACCAUCGACUUCCAGUAGACAAUCAUUACAUAUAUUGUACCUACAACUGGAGCUGCACAUACCGCUUCGACGGAUAACUCCCUAUGGCUCAAUCACCUGAAGGUGUGCGCUACUCCCAGGGCACCAAGGACAUCGGCACGGCUCGAAACUUCUCGUGGGAGUACCCCGUUCCGCGAAACAAAUUCUGGGACGAUUUGCCAUACACUGUCGCUCGCAACUUCCUCAGUCUCUUCAGCCAAGACGAACAACCAUCAAUCUUUGGCAAUGCCAAAAGCAGCGCGCUGGACAAGACGGAAAAGCUCCAGCUGCUUCUCAAGCUGCUCAACGAGCGCCUCGCUAGCCGUGAUGCUGCCGCGGCGCCUCAAUCCCUCUACGACAUCGACCAUCAAGCCUGGGAGAAGACCUGGCUCGCUAUCGCGGGCAUUCAGCACGAGCUACAGGAUCCUGCAGAGGAGCAGACACUGCGGAUGCUGAUUGAGCGGAGGAAGGACCCGUCAAAUCUCUCGCAUUACCAUAGCUUGUCUGGCUUUCUGUCAGACAAGGGUCGGUAUGCAGAAGCUGAGCGCUUUGAGGCGCCCGUGCGAGACUGGCUCGACAGUAAGCUGGGCAAGGAGUCGCCGCAGUCUCUAAGCGCAAGACGGAUUCUCGUCCAGGCUAUUUGGAUGCAGGGACGGCAAGACGAGGGCGAGCGGUUGAUGGUCGAGGUUGACGAAAUUAUUCAAAAAACACCCGAUGAUAGUCCCUAUGCCGUGUAUCGUGAUGAGCAACGGGCUUUGUCACAGGUGUUGUGGGCGAAACUGAAAGGAGAGGGCGCAGUCGAGACAUAGUCAACACAUGCAACCGGUGGGACGCUCAUCAUGCCGAGGCUCUUCUCAUGUUGAAUGCCAACUUGAAGAGUAUGGGGUGUAAAUAGGGGUUUGUUUGAACUUCACACGCUCUACGUGAGGGGACCAAUGGUAACUGAGCCAUACGAACCAACGCGGAAACGGAUUUGAGCCGGACUAGUAACCAUCUCAUGAUCUCUGCCCUAUGUACCUGGAGGUAACACUACCUUAGCCAACGGCGCAAAUUCAGGGAGC